AUGAUCGAAACACCAGGGAUGGUGUUUGAUUUUGCUUUAACACCAGACAUGAUAACAUCACAUUUUGAUGAUCCUAAUUCAGAUCUAUCAAAGUUAAUCAGAUACGUUGUUAAAGGUUUUACGAAACCGAAUACAGAAUACCUUUCGAUUGAUCCGAAACAAAAUCUUGUUGAGAUGGGUAUGGAGAUUCGAGAUUCUUCAAUCUUUUGUCCUGGCGAGAAUACUAAGAAUUGUCAGUAUGGAUUUAGACGUACGGAUGUGCUACCAUUAAUUGAUACGAAGACUGCUCUAGGAGGAACCACUGUUUUUCAUCAAGUGAAUGAUGAUCCAAGAAUUUGA